AUGGCGGCGGGCUCCGCUCGGCCCUCCGCCACAAGGGGGCGACCCCGGGCUCACACCGCCCGCCGCAUGCGCACAGGCGGUGGGGCGCGGGGACGCUGCCUCCGGCCGCCAGGGGGCGCGGUUCGGGCGCCCAGAUGUGGCGGCAGCGGAAGUGAGCGCUCGACGGCGGAAGUGGCGGCGGCGGCGGCGGCGGCGGCGGCGGCGGAGGGGCCGGCGGAUCGGUGCAGCUGUGGGGUGGGGGCAGUGAUCAGCUGGGUGGUGCCGUUCAGGUUUGUGCACUAUGUGUGGGUGCCGUGUGGUUUGGAGUGAUGAGGUGCAGGCAGGGUUGGGUGCUCUCUGCAGGGGUGCAGCCUGGUUUGGGUGCCGCGGGGGAGGCGCCAUGUGGGGCCCUGGACAGACGUGUCAUUCACGGCGGGGAACCAAAACCGGGCGCUGCGGUUGGCCAUGAGCGUGGGGUGCUUCCUGCCGUGCUGCUGCGCAGGCAUCGAGGGCGCGGGAGCCGGCAGCAGCAGGCAGGUGAGAAGAAUGGGCUCUGUGUCGGAGGAGCUCAGCCUGGUCCCCCUGCACCGGAGGCCGGAGCUGCUGGAGGCCUGCGCCAAGCUGCUGGGCGAGGAGUGGGGGAAGAGCCGGGCAUCGCGGCUCCACACGCUCCAGCGCUCCUCGGAUGCCUUCCCCACCUGUCUGCUGCUGCUGCGGAGCCAGGGCCCCGCAGAGGCCCACGCCACCUGGGAGGGUCCCUGCCAGCUCGUGGGCCACGUCCGGCUCUCCCGCGUGGCUGGCCAUCCCCGUGACCUCUUCGUGGAGAGCGUGGUGGUGGCCCGGGCACUGCGGGGCCAGGGCUAUGGGCGGCGGCUGAUGGAGGCCACUGAGCAGUGGGCCCGAGCCCGGGGCUUCAGCUGCCUGCACCUCACCACCCACGACAAGCAGCAUUUCUACGCCCACCUGGGCUUCGUCCUGGGUGAGCCGGUGCAGAGUGUGGCUUUCCUCAGCCCCGCCAUACCUGCCGAGGUGCUGCGGCUCUUCUCUGCCCCUCCUGGCACUGCCAGCGCCAUCACCACUAGGCCAAGGGUGCACUCUGCCCCCCCGCCUCCCCUCCCACCCCCUGCCACCCCCCCACCACCUCCCCCGCCAACCGUGGUCUGGGCAAGGGGAGUCCUGGCCGAGAGCAGCGGGCAGAGCCUCCUGGAGACCCCCCACCGUGACGCCAAAGGGUUGCCCAUUUUCUGGAUGAAGAAGGACAUCUGAGGGGCCGGGGCCCCAAGCUGGUGAUUAAAAGCAAGUGCGGGCAGGAGCUGCCCUUGGGACUGGUCCCAGGAGCGCCGCCCAGUUCCACCAGUGUCUCCCCCACCCAGGGGACUCACUGUGGGGCAGCUGCCUCUGCCAGCAUGCUCUGUCUGCCAGUGUGGCUGUCGCUCUCCCUGCUGAGCAGCCUGGAGAAACUGAGGCACAAGUUGGAGGGGCACCGGGGGGGAAGUAGGGCAGGGCCAUGCGGGCUGCAGGGAGGGC